AGAAGUUCUCUUGAAUAGCUUUGCCUUAACACUGGGAGCAGUGAGCGGAGAGAAGCUGUUAGUUGCAUCAAAUAACGGCAGAAACACCGAUGAUUUAGUUCGUUAAUCAGAGAUGGACCGACACCGGAAACAGCUGGAGGUGGUUUUAAAACCGGAAGCGAAGCCGCGAGGAGAAGUUUUACCUUCAGAUGUCCGGAAAGUGAUCGUCGGCGAAGAGGAGCAGCAGGAGUGGAGCUCCAGUGUGGACCAGGAGGACCCAGAGCCCCCACACAUUAAAGAGGAAGAGGAGGAACUGUGGAGCAGUCAGGAGGGAGAGCAGCUUCAAGGGCUGGAGGAGGCUGAUAUCACCAAGUUCACAUUCACUCCUGUCCCUGUGAAGAGUGAAGAUGAUGAAGAGGAACCUCAGUCCUCACAGCUUCAUCAGUCACAAGCUGAUGGAGACCACUGUGGAGGACCAGGACCAGGACCAGACAGAAACUCAGAUCCGAACAGAUAUUUAGGACCGGUCAGUGAAGACAGGUCUCUGAACUCGUGUGAAACUGAAGUCAGUGACGUGAACUGGGAGGAGAACAGAGAACCUCAGUCAGUUUUCACCACUCUGACGACUGAUGAUGUCAACGUCGGUGAUAAUAACUGCGACUAUAUGGAACGAUCGUUCAGCUGCUCUGAGUGCGGUCAGAGAUUCGGCCGGAAGUCACAACUGAACGCACACAUGAGGAUUCACACGGGAGAGAAACCGUUCAGCUGCUCUUUCUGUAGGAAAAGAUUUUCCAAGAAGUCAAACUCGAUCAGUCACAUGAGACUUCACACAGGAGAGAAACCAUUCAGCUGCUCCGUCUGUAAGAAGACAUUUAGAUUCAGUGGAGACGUUAGCCGACACAUGAGGAUCCACACGGGAAAGAAAUCGUCCAACACCAGUGACAUCAUCAGCAGGAGAGGAGGAGAUGUGAGGCCGACAAAGAGUCGUUCAGUUGCUCGGAGUGCAAGAGAACGUUCUGCCGCAGGGACCUUCUGAUGAGCCACAUGAGGACUCACUCUGGAGAGAAACCCUUCAGCUGCUCCAACUGUCAGAAUUGUUCAGUUGCCGUGGGAACAUUUUGGCACACACCAGGAUUCACACCAGAGAGAAACCCUUCACCUGCCCCUUCUGUGACAAGCGCUUUGCGCACAAGAAAUGCAUGAUGCUGCACAUGUUGGUGCACACAGAGGAGAAACGCUGCCACUGCGGCGCCUGCUACAAAAGAUUCACCUGGUACACACAGCUGAAAACUCAUAGAUGCGUCGGCGAGUCCUCGCAGCUCCAUCAGAGAGAAAAGAGGGCGCCCACCGAGAAGUCGUUACGCUCCAGCGAUUGCGGGAAGACGAUCAGCCUGAAGGGCAACCUUUGGCUGCUCCAUUUGCGGCAAAAGUUUCAAACAGAACGUGCACCUGAUGGAGCACAUGACCAUUCACACAGGAAAGAAACUAUAAAUGCAGCGUCUGCGGCCGAGGCUUCAACAAGAAGUCGCUCGUCAGGAACCAUCCAUGUGUUUGAGGUCAUCAUUUCCUGAAGUCGUAGGUUUUUAUUCACAGAGACAACGAGUCAGUCGUGUCCGUUUACUGGCUGUGACGUCACGUCCCACUACUCUGCUCAAAAAAUGAAGGGAACACUCAAUGGUCACAGUCUAACAUGAAGUCAGUUAAACUCUGCUAGUGUCCUUGUCACUACUGAUAGCAUGAGACGACACCUACAGCCCAAUCAGGUUGAUACUAGAUACCAGGAGACCGGCCGUUACACCAGGAGAGCUGGACAGGGCCGUAGAAGGGUAUCAACCCAGCAGCAGGACCGCUAUCUGCUCCUUUGUGUGAGGAGGAACAGGAGGAGCACUGCCAGAGCCCUACAACAUGACCUCCAGCAGGCUACUGGUGUGCAUGUUUCUGACCACACUGUCAGAAACAGACUCCAUGACGGUGGCAUGAGGGCCCCACGUCCUCUAGUGGGACCUGUGCUCACAGCCCAGCACCGUGCAGCUCCAUCAUUCACCAGAUUUGAACCCCAGAAACAACCAAACUACUUAUAAACACAGUUGAUAUUUUGUGUCAUGAAUUUCAUCCUGUGAAUAUGACGUCAAAGAAUUGAUGACAAAAUGAAGGGAGGGUGUUUUUAUGGACUGAAGCUCAUCAGUUGUAAUUAUGUAGCAGUCAUGUGACACUUUUGGAUGUUUAUUAUCAACAGUUAUUUAGUAAUUUUUAUUAUAAAAUAAAUUUGAACUAAACUAUAAAUUCAAAGUGUCGGCUGAUGAUGCCUUCGUGUUUCAUGUCAUGUGCCUGAAUAUGUUCACCACAACUCAGUUAUUUUAUCAUUUAAACAAAUCUGUAAGUAAUAUGCCUGUCAAACCUAAUUGGGGUUUGGAAGGCCUGCUUUCUUCCAAAGCAUGCCUUAAAUCACCAAAACAUGCCUUCUCAACUCAAUCGGUGAAAAAUGUAAAACAAAAUAAAUAAAUAAAAAAAAUACAUGUCCUCUAAAAUGUCCUUUGGGGUUGGAAAUUAUGUUUUCUUUAAAAGUUGCCAAACCAAAGAACAAAAAAGCUGCCCCCAAGUUUAUAAAGAGAACCCAAAAGGCAACAAUUUAUGAAAAGAAAUUUUAAAAAACAAACAAACAAAAAAAUAGUCCCACAUUGUCAAAGAAAAAAAGCCAACUGUUUUUAAAGAUCUUUUUUGUAAAAAAAAAAAAAAAAAAAAAAAAAGAA